AUGCAAGUGUUAUCCGCGGUAUUCAACUCCGAUGUAACAUAUUCAGAAAUAGAUUUAAAAGCAUGGUCUUUGUGGUCAGAUGAUUUCCUGCCGUGGGAACCGAAGGGUUCGGUGCAUACUUUGCAAUCCUGCUGCAUCACACAUGAUGCCAGAUGUGCUUGUCAAAAUCGGGUUGCAAGAGAACUCGCAAAACGUCUCCUUUGA